UAAACUAAGAAAAACGUUAUUACAAAACGAAGAUUAUCUCUGGUUCAAGGAUUAUCUAUGGUAUUAAAGUUAAUCUUUCGAGACCCCUAGUUUAGCUAUGGUACUAACCUUUCUAUAUAGUUUGUGGUACUCUAUACUAACCUCAAUUUCGGUACUUCUUAAUUUGAGGUGAGCGUUGUUUUCAUUUGGUGUUAUUAAAAUCGUUAAAAAUGGAUAUUAACAUGAUUGACUUGAUGGAUUUAGAAGAUUUGGACAUGCUGGAGACCACUCGGCGACCUGAUAGACAUCGACAUCGUGUGAAUCCGUUUGAAUUGAGUGACGAAGAUUUUAGGUAUAAGUAUAGGUUCUCAAAACGUUUCGGAGAAAAAAUAGUGGGUACCUUACGUGAGGAUUUAGUGCACGACCCUCGAGGGUGCCCAUUGAGUCCUGAAAUUCAAGUGGUUUGUGCAUUACGCAACUGGGCUCGCCAUGAAGUAAGUGCUGUUUAUAAUCUUGGUGGGGUCAAUGUACCUAACAUUACGCUAGAUAAAAAGCCAAAUAAUACAUAUUAUUGUUUUAUUCGUAGAUUCAAGACGAUACAGCUAAUUUACAUAGUGUGUCUCAACCAGUAGUCAGUAGGACAUGUAAAAAAGUAGCGGAAAUUUUGUCACGGAAUUCCCGAGAAUUUAUUAAAAUGCCUACUACUUUAAAUGAACAACAGGAAACCAUUAGGAAAUUUCGCAGUAUUGCUAAUUUUCCUACAGUAAUUGGCGCAAUUGACUGUACUCACAUACGAGUAAAGAAAGUGAAUGCUGAUGGGGGUCAGUUAUAUAUUAAUAGAAAAGGAUUUUCUUCAAUUAAUGUACAGGUGGUUUGUGAUGCUGACCUGAAAAUCAUGGACAUUGUUACCAGGUGGCGUGGUAGUGUACAUGACUCCAGAAUAUUCCGAGAAUGUAGACUAAAACAGAGGUUUGAGGCUGGUGCAUUCUCUGGAAUAUUACUUGGUGACAGUGGCUAUCCUUGUACUCCUUACCUAUUUACACCGCUGCUGAACCCCACAACACCACAAGAAGAAAGAUAUAAUAGGAGCCAUAUCCGUACCAGGAACACAGUGGAAAGAUGUUUUGGUUUGUGGAAGCAACGGUUUUGUUGCCUAUUAAGAGGUAUGUUUGGAGAUAUUGAAACAGCAAAAAAACAAUUGUUGCAUGUGCUGUACUACACAAUAUGGCCAUCGACAUGAGAGAAGAUGUGUUUUCUGGUGAGAGAGAUAGCAUUGAACAAUAUUCAUCUGAACCUAUAGUACAAAGAUAUGUUACACCAUCAAUAAGGGGAAAUAUUAGAAGACAGUUUAUUGAAACUCAUUUUCAACAUAAUACCCAUUUAUAAAGGAAAAUAUUUCUGCAGAGCCGUUGUCAGCUGUCAAAGAAUAACGACUACAUAUUCACCAAUAUGAAAUAAAUUCAGGGGAGUAUUGUGAUAAUAUUUCAUUUAUUGAGCAAAAUGCUUUUAUUUAGGCUAUAAAUGAUUGUUUCAGGGAAAGAUACGGGGUACAGCACAUUCCACAUCAAUAUGAAGCUAUAUUAUAUAAAGAUUUAAGUGCUGUAGAGAUAUGUUUAGAUUUUUUAAUAAAUAUCGUCCCUCCUCUACAUUCACAGCCGGAUUUCCUUUCCAGAGGUGCAAGGGUCCACGGGGAGUAGGACUGUAUGAUAACUAAGUAAAUAGGUUUAGUUUUUUUUAUUAUAGUUUUUUACUAUUGUAUAUUAUAUUUCAUUGUUAUGUAAAUAAAAUGCAUAUUAAUUAUAAUUAUUUAUUUUAAUUAUUAUUAAAAGAUGUACAAAUAUUUGCAGCAAUUAAGUACCUGAAAAUAAUAGUUUCAUAUAUGAGGAUAUUUACAAACAUGUAUCUGAUAUAGUCUCAAAUAUUUAGUUUUUUUUUUAUAGGAUAAUGGUGAUAAACACAGUCUACCACACACACACACAGUCCAUCUGAUGUUAAGUAACUGCUGUGGUGCAUAGACGUCCACAUCUAUCCUCGACUACAAAUCAAAAUGCAGAUGCGUUGUCACCCGUGUGGAGUAAGAUGGAAUGCCUCGUUUCCUGUAAAAGAGGUCUCUCUCAUACAAAAUUUGUACAAAAAUUUAUCCAAAAUUUGUCAAUAAAUAAGUUUAAAUGUUUUAUUAAAGAAAAAUUUUAUAAAAAGGUUAUUAUAAUAUCAAAGAAUACAUAAAUGAAAAUAUUGGAAAUACUGGAAUUGAGGUGAUCGCCACCAUGGUGGUUCUAUUAAAAUUCAUUUAAAAAUUGUACAAAUAAAAUUAUUGUUAAGAGAAAUAUGUUUAUAAAAAAGUCCCACUGGGUUUCUUACUAGUUCUUCCCAGGACUGAGGUAUUUUCCGAACCAGUGGUAAAUAAAAAAUGUCUUUCAAUAAGUAUUCUGUAAUAAUCUAUAUUUAAUAAAAAUCAUUCUAUUCUAUUCUCGUUCUAUAAACUCACCAUAAUAAACACAGCAGCAUUAAGCUGCUAUUUAACUUUUGUUUUUCUGACUUUCUAAUAAAGAUAUUUGUAACUCUAAUUUUCUAAUUUUUAGGUUAGCUAUUUUAAUAUUGUAUUUAUGUUCCUCUUCCAUCAUUUCCAGUUGUCUUUUUUUAAAAUCUGUGUUACUUUUUACAAUUGUUUGGUGUACAUCUUCUCUUCUGUAAAAUGAAAUGGAAUACUUAAUGUAAGUUUUGUAGUUAUUUUAGACAUUUACAAAGUAUUCUAGAGUAAUAAAAGUGCACUUAACCUUGUACACCAAUUAAAGAAAUAUUUUUUAAUUAUUUUUAAAUCAAUUCAUAUUAAACUUUGCUUUUAAUAUUUGAAAACAUGAAACAAUUUUCAGUGUUUAAAUACUAAUUUUCACAUUUUAAAAAGUAUGUAAUGUAUCAGACUAUGUAAUUUUUUCAACAUACCUAUUUUGCAAGCUAAGUUUCCUGUUUUUAAUUUUUGUUAUACCCCUAGUAAUAAUAUCUUUAUUGUUGGUUAUUUUCACCAUUUUGGCACUUUCUUCUGUAUCUGUAGUUGGAUCUAUCUCUAAAAAUUAAUAUAAAUAUAACAGUUUUAGAAAAUUAACAUUUAUAAUAUUUACAAACUUGUAUGCCUAUGAUUGUAACUAUAAUAAUAAUAUAUUUUU